AUGAGAACAAGAGCCCAGCUGUGUCAUAUUUCGAGUACUUUGGACAAUGAUGUGGCGGCCAUAGUAGUCCAACCAACACGAGCUCAAGACUUCUGGCAACGACAGCAAGGAUUCCAACGGAACAUUUACAGCCCCGGCUCAUUGCAGUUUUGCGGACUUGCUCAUUUGAACAUAGCCCCAAGUUUCGCACCAAGGAGUAUCCAUCACCAUACCAGAAACCUGUCGACAUUGAACGAUCCGUCCACCAAUGUUGGUGCAGACUACACAUCCGUGUCGAGUGUUUUGGACCAACAAGUCCAAGAGGGAAAUUUGAGGCAGGACAAGGCCCAAAUGCAAUUGGCGAAACGAUUAAGUCGUCUGCAAAAAGCACUUGUCGGCUACGAUAAUGCUAUUCUCUUUGAAACAGAAGAAGAAAGCGAUGACAGGAAGGAUGAUGUUGAUGAUGACGAGAAGACUGACCAAGUCAACAAAGAAGCAAACGACGAAAAACCGAAAAACCAAAAGGUCAAGCUUCAAAUCCCACGUGGUUUGUACAUUCACGGACCAGUUGGAACGGGUAAGACUAUGCUCAUGAAUGCCUUCUAUGCAAAUGCACCAACUACUACGUUGAAUGAAAACGGCAGCAACUCCAAAAAGAAACGCUACCACUUUCAUGAGUUCUUGGCCCAAGUUCAUCAACGAAUCCAUCAACUCAAACAACAAGACUUGAAAGAACAUGGACGCAACUUUGCCAUUGACACUUCCGUCUCGAACAAUCCCAUCGUCAAGGUCGGCUUGGAAUGGUCCGAACAGGUUUCUCUCUUGUGUUUGGACGAAUUCCAAGUCACGGACAUUGCCGAUGCUCUCAUUUUGUCCCAACUCUUUGGAGUUUUGUUUCGACAUGGGACUGUUGUGGUGGCCACUUCGAAUCGUCCUCCUCAAGACUUGUACGAAGGAGGUUUGAAUCGGAAUUACUUUUUGCCCUUUAUCGAUUUGCUUCAACAUCAUUGCAUCACCCACGCCAUUGCAUCACCUAUCGAUUAUCGCAAGGUACUCUCGGAUCGAACGUCGUUUUUCCUUACAAAAGGUCGGGACGAGGAGGAAGAUCCCCAAACAGCUGUCGAUGUCAUGCUACAAGCACUCGUUGCCGAAUCACCUGGAGAACCCGUGGUUCCAACGCCUAUGACCUUGGCUGUGGGUUUUCAACGAAAGCUGGAGAUCCCACUUACCUACACCGCCAAACCACCAACAUCAAGUGAUGACAAUGCUACCAAUGUUGUAGCGUCGUCCUUAAAGGUCGCCCGCUUUGGCUUUGACGAACUCUGCGAUCGCGAAUUGGGUGCCAUGGAUUAUCGUGCCGUGGCCCACAAUUUUGAGAUGGUCAUUUUGGAAAAUAUCCCAGUCAUGGACCUGGAAGGCCACGAUGUUGCGCGACGAUUCAUUACCCUGAUUGAUGAAUUGUACGAAGGCGAUUGUGCUCUCUUGUGUUCGACCUUGGAAGGUGCUGAUGAAGGAGUGACAACGCCCAUGGAUCUCUUUUCGGGAGCUUCUGAAACCCACGGGCCCUCCAAAGAAACAAUCCAACAAAAACAAGAAGAAGAAGACAAAAAGAAAGCCGUCUUUAUGGGUGUCGAUGUGGCACAAGAAGGUGGACUGCCGGUUGGUGCGCUGGCAAGCGUCCGUGAGCUUUCAUUUGCCUUUGAACGAUCGGCAAGUCGCAUGUUUGAAAUGACUUCUCGUCCAUGGUGGGAUCGUGUUCUAGGUUUCGAGGCAAAGGAGUAG